AUGUUCCUCGCUAAAGCUCUGCUGAGUGGAGGAAGUGGUGGUGGUCAUGGAGGGAGCCUUGCACGUGGCCUUGGAGGUCUCCUAACAGGAGGUGGACAUGGAGGGAGUCUUGGAGGACUUUUUAGAGGUCUUGUCAACCUUAUAAGUGAAGCAGCAGCUCAGUAUAAUCCAGAACCACCUCCACCUCCUCACAGUCAUUUUACAAAUGUGGAAAUUUAUGAGAGUGAGGAGACCAAACGGUUUCGUCGCCUUUUUGCCCAGCUGGCUGGAGAUGAUACGGAAGUGUGUGCCACAGAGCUAAGGGACAUUCUGAACAAAGUGGUUUCCAGACAUGAAGACUUGAAGACAGAUGGCUUCAGCUUAGACACAUGCCACAGCAUGGUAGCUGUCAUGGACAGUGAUACAAAUGGCAAACCGGGCUUUGAAGGGUUUAAAUAUUUGUGGAACAAUAUCAAAAAAUGGCAGUGCGUAUUCAAGCAGUAUGAUACAGAUCAGUCAGGCACCAUCGGGAGAGCUCAGCUGCCGGGUGCCUUGCAGGCUGCAGGAUUCCGUCUGAACGAACAACUCUGCCAGGUUAUUGUGCGCCGGUAUGCCGACGAGGGUGGUAGCAUGGAUUUCAACAACUUCAUUAGCUGCCUGGUACGACUGGACAGCAUGUUCUGGGCUUUCAAGUCCCUGGACCGAGAGGGAGACGGACAGAUCAAAAUGACCAUUGAAGACUGGCUGCAGCUGACCGUGUAUUCAUGA